AUGGCACGAGCAUUUAAGAAAAAUGGUAAGGAUGAUAGACUACAGGAUGAUGACUAUAGACCGUGGUUGCUAUAUGCUAAGAUUUCAGCUCUUGAAGUGGAUGAACAACUAAAAGAAAUCCGUAGAGAAAAACUGGAAAAUUUGAAGCGUUUUCAAGAAGAGGUGAAGCACCGCGUGAACAAGUAUACUCGAUUACGCAAAAAACAGCAACAGCAGCGAUCUUAUGAAGCAGUUGAAAGGGAUGAUCAUGUGAUAAAGCAAUCAUCUGCUUCAGUUGAACAUCUCACUCCAAAUAAAAACACUUGCGUGUUUCGUGGUAAUAAUGCAGAGUUUGCAAUUUUCAGUCCAAGCUCCAGAUGGGUGUGUGCUCAGAGUCUAGGCAUUGACAAGGAGGAAAGCAGUGAUGUUUUCAGUGAUCAAGCUCGGAAGCUUAGUAAAGUUACAAAACAGGCUCGGCAUAGGCUUGCAUCAUGUCAAACAGUAUCAGAAGAGGACUUGUGCUCAACGCUUCCAGGAGGAAUUUGGAGGGAGUCUCCACCAAGAGAUAACCCAGUAUCCCAAAAAGAGGGACAACUAGAUGUUACAAGAGAUUUCACGUGUUUGGAAGACCAGCAUGACCUGCCUGCUGAGUUGCAGGAACAGUCUCAGAAAGUGAUGGAUGGAAAACAUGUUACUUUCCAGCCAGAGCUGCAACAUCUAAAGAACUCAACAUCCCAAAGAGGGGCACAUCUGAAUAUCGCAGGAGAGUUCAUGUGUUUGGAAGGCCAGCAUGACCUACCUGCAGAGUUGCAGGAGCAGUCUCAGAAACUGAUGGAUGAAAAACAUGUUACUUUUCAGCCAGAGCUGCAACAUGGAAGGCCCUGUAGUCGAUUUUAUCGUGAGCCCUACCCCACAAGUUCCUUUGUAGGGUUUAGUACUGACUAUAAGGCAGCACUAAUCUUGAGACCUGGUGUGGACCAGGAAGAGAGAAAGAAGCAGCGUGGUAACCAGUAUUUGAUGUACCGUCGCCUCUUCAUGGAUAUUGAACGAGAGCAGGUGAAAGAACAUCAGCGUCAGCGAGAGCAUGAGAAGAGGAUAGCUAAAAUUAAGGAAGAGAAGGAGAAGCUGAGGGAAGCAGAAGAGAAAAGAAUGCUUAAGCUGACUCAGCAGAGAGAGCUAGUGGCUGAAAGUGGAAAGAUUGCUCAGUUGGACGAAGAGGAGAAACAAAAGAGAACAGAUCAAGUCAAAGCCCAACGCAACAGAGAGAGCACCAGAUUUAUAGAAGCCUUAAGAGCACAGAUGAUGGAGAAGAUUAAAUUGCAGAACACAGAUCUACCUCCGCUCUGUUGCUGCGGAACUGAUUUCUGGGACUCUCAUCCAGACAAAUGUGCAAACAACUGUGUCUUCUAUAAAAACCCGAAAGUGUAUGCCAAAGCACUACAGUCUGUAUUAUCUUCAUGUGAUGCUUGGGAUGGACACUGUAGAACUACCUCAAUGAAGAAGAUUGCUUCAGUGCAUUUGUGUUCAGCCUGGAAGUAAUCCAUCUGCAGUGGGAAGCUAAAGUCACUCGAGGCGAUUAACAUUCUCAAAAAUGAGUCAAUGUUGAGAUGUGUUCAGAAAAUGUAUGAGUGUCAUUUUUUAAUAACAAGUGGUUGAUAAAUUAUUUUGCUGCUUUCAUUUAAUUGUAUGAGAAAUUGAUUUUUAAAAAUAUUUAAUCAUUUCUCUGAGAAUUCCAGUUGAAGACGUAUGGUUUGGUUAAAUUGAAAAUAUAUCUAAAGGCCAUUUUUAAAGAAAAAGAAUGGUGAUUUCUAAAUUGGCUAGUUCUAGGAAAGGACAGUUUAACUUCCAAAUGCAGGAAUCAUUAUUUAACAACUUAUAAUUGCCUACCUCUUCAAAUUCACUUCUUUUUUUUGCUUUUAUUUUCCGUUCUCACUUGGUUCUGUAAAUCUAGUCCCUUGUGGGGAGAUGUCUGAAUUUGAGAAUGUAUUGACCUGCUAAAACCUUAUAAUCCCAGAUAAAUGUUAUAAUUUUACAGAAUGUCCUCAACUAAACGUCACUCUACUUAUUUGCCAGGAGAGAACAUGAUUGAGGGAGAGGUGAGGUGGUGUAAUUCAGCCUGUUAAGUACACAGUAAUUGUCAUCAACUGCAAUUUCCCCUAUCCAGGCUAAUAAAGACUUCUAAGUUUACAACUGCACUAGAAAAUUAUAAAAGGUCAUUGGUUCCUUGUCAGUAACAGUUAGAUAUCAAGUACCCAUUUAAUGGUGUGAGGUCUUUAAAUUUCAUUUAAACAAAUCAAACAUAACAAAGGGCAAAUUAAACUGGCCACUGCUAUUUUUUUGUGUGUGAUGCUAUGUUUGUUUCAUUUGCAUUUGUUUUAUUUAUGUUGAUUUUUUUUUGUAAAGGCCAGGUCAACCAGUUCUGUUAUUCAGAUACCCUUUUCCUGGAGUUUAUUGGUCUGAUCAAUAAACAAGCAGGUUAAUUUCAGCAAUGCAUAAAUUUAUAUUUAGAUUUGUGUUGCUGGUGUCAUUCUGUGAACAAUAACUUGUCUAAGAGGUGAACUUGUGGUUUACAUAUGGAUAUAACUUAUUGGCCAAUAAAAUCAUUUUUAGAAUGCCUUGCCUGUUUAAAGAACAUUCGCAAUAAUGUCAGAGAUCACUGGAGUUAAGUUUAUGCAUUGUCAAAAGACUGCUGCAUCGCUCAUGUAUUUCAUAUACACUUCCUGUGUUUUAAAGUCUUCAACUUACGUAGAGGCAUUUGUAACUGUUUUAAAAAGGCAAAAUUGAAGAUGAAUACUUAAAAUUUCACAUUUUUCUACUUUAUACACAUUUGCCACAUCUUUGCCCUCAAUUAACCUGUCAAUUUCCUUUCUGCAACCUGAAAAUCACUCUCUUCUAUUUCUAAUUAACCAGCCAAUCUUCUAUCCAUGCCAGUAUGCUGCCCCACACCAGCUUUUAUUUUCCACAAAAACCUUAUGUGGCACCUUAUCAAUUGCUUUCUGGAAACCCAAGUACGUACAUGCACUGGUUUCCCCUUCUGCACAAUGAUUUCAGUUUCACAAAAACAUGUUAACUCUGCCUUAUGAUCUUGAUCUUGAACAUAUCCAAGGGCCCUGCUAUAACUUUUUUAAAAAAUAGCUUCUAACCUUUUCCUUCAUAGAUAUUCAGCUAAUUGGGUUGUAGUUUCUUGCGUUUGGUCUGCCUCCCAUUUUGAAAAAAAUGUUACACUCAAUCACCCAAAGAAGGAACGAGGUUCUGAAAGCUUCUGUCUUCAAAUAAACCUGUUGGACUAUAA